AUGGCUGUACCCCAUGCCGACGGCAGCGGCACAAGCGUCCUCGCCACCACAGGGGACCCGAGGUCGACGUUUGCUGCGAAAAAGGCGGACAUCGUCGCACCAGUUGAAGACUUUCAGGGAGCUCGCUUGCCCAAGAAGUCCAUCAUGUCGCCACCAAGAGCAUCCCGAGCAGGCGCGAUCAAGCCUUCGCUGUCAUCACCGAAGUAUGCGAAGGGUGAAGCAGGAAGGACAGUGAAUUUUCCGGCCAAGCCGGUUGCCCUCGUGAGGAUGAAGUCGCACUCGGACCACUUCCUGAGCGAUUUGGAUAGACCAUCUCCGCGACCCCGCGUUGGGCGACCCAGCCAGCAAGCAGCGAAUGCCGCAGACGACAUACUCGCCGACCUCCGAGGCCUGACGAACGCCCCCGACGUGCCAAGGUUCGACCCAUUCAGGCCACCGUCAAAUUUGGAAGGCAGCGUCGGUGCGUCGGGCAUCGGUUUCCCCACCACUGCUGUCCCGCCACCCAAACGCAUGAACCAGAAGCGCCUGUCAUCGUUUCCAGGGAUGAUCCGCUAUUCCGAGACAGCAGAGAACGCACCUAAACGACUUGUAAUAUAUUCGGACCGAGAACAGACCCUGGCACUGCAGAGAAUUGCUGCAAUUAGCAAUGACAGCAGCAACAACGAAGAAGAAGACGAGAUUGGCAGCAGCAACGAAGUGCGUGCCACGCAGCGCGUGCAAAAAGCCGGUAGCGGGCCAUUUAAACCCGCCAAGCCGCGGCACGUUGCUCAGUCGGCUCACGGUCGGAACGGCGUGCUGUUGUCUCUGGGCGCGCAGCUGGUGUGGCAGUGCGGCUAUAGACAACACUUGCCUGCGGCCCCCUUCGCCGGCUUGCCCUGCGCAAAGCUCCUUCGUGCUCUUCCCGAGAUGUGCACCGCCGUCGAAGGCACAGCCCAGCACAUGGACACGGGCGACGCUACCCGUUGGACUGCUGAUGGUUACGUGGUGACCGUUUCGUCCGAGGCGGCGCAACUCUUCCACGACGACGGCAGACCGCGGGAGUUCGCCCCGGGAGCGGUUGCCAAGGCCAUGGCAGGACUGCGAGACCAGAGGAAGAUCCGUCAGUACUGCGACGUCGUGUUCCGCGCGGCCGACGGUGUGGAUAUCUGGGCACAUCGGUUCGUACUGUCCGCCAAGUUCUCGGGGUGCUAUGCUCUCUUCACCCUCGCCAGAAAGGGCAUGAGCCUCGACCAGACGCAGAAGGACGUGUGGACGCCGCCAAUCCUGGUGUUGAUGGAAGAUUUGGACAGCGACAUGAUCGAGCUGCUCAUCGACUUCGCCUACCACACUCCGCUGCACGAGCGCAUCGGCCUGCACAACAUCGGCAAGGUGCUCGACCUCGCUGAGAAGCUCAAGAUAUUCCAAAUACGGGAUCACUGUCUGAGUACCCUCAAGAAGAACCUCGAUCCGGAAAGCUGCAUCAACAUUUACCACCUGGCCUCCAGCCGUCGCUACGAGCACCUCGCAGGAGAAGCGUUUCGCUACUUGGUGCGGAACUUCGACGAGGUGUGGAAGAACACCACCCAGUUCCACGCGCUGACGCCAGAGGAACUGCGCACCAUCCUCGAAGAUGACCACCUGUACGCUCCCAGCGAAGUGGAGGACACGUUCGGCGCCAUACUCAAGUGGAUCUCGGCCAACGUGGAUGAGAGGAAGGCCUACCUUGCCAAGUUCCUGCCGCUCGUACGCUUCUCACGUUGCUCCGCCACAGACUUCGAGAAAGUCAUCGGCAACCCACAAGUCGUGGAUGACGGAGACAGCUUGAAAGUGUUGAACGUGAUCCGCCAGACGCUCAACCAGCAGUCCAUGGCGGUUGGCGUAGUGGCCGGCGUUGACCUAUCCCCGAAGCUGUGGCUGACGCCUCGCGUGCCCAAGGACAUCCUGUUUCUCUUCGGCGGCUGGACAGUGGGGGCCACCAACAACAUGCUCACGUACAACUGCCGGGCAGCCAAGUGGCGCGUGAUGGGGAAUCAGUACACCUCGCCCAGGGCGUACCAUGGAGCGGCGGUGAUCAACCAGUGUAUCUACUUCGUGGGCGGCUUCAACGGCCGCGAGUGCUACCACUCGGUCGUCUGCUUCGAGGUGCCUCUCGCGAAAUGGAGCGCCAGGGCGAAUAUGGCGUACGCACGCUGCUACGUCAGCGUCGCCGUUCUCCAGGGUCAGAUCUACGCCAUGGGAGGUUUUGAUGGACGUGUGCGCACCAACACGGUGGAACGGUACGACGUCAAGGCGAACCAGUGGUCCAUGGUGGCUAACAUGAACGUCGUCCGCAGUGACGCCAGCGCUGCGGCAGCUGGAGGGCGAAUCUACAUCGUGGGAGGCUUCACGGGUCGCGAGGUCCUGGACUCCGUAGAGUGCUACGACCCGUCUACCAAUGUCUGGACCCGGGUGCUGACCAUGUCCUCGCCCCGCAGUGGCGUCAAAGUGAUAGCGCACAAGGACACGCUGUACAUCAUGGGCGGAUACAACGGCAUCGCACGGCUAUCAUCCAUGGAGCAACUCGACGUGAGGAAAUCUCGCUUCUUAGAGUUGCCCAGCAUGCCCCACGCGAAGAGCAACUUUGCCGCCGUCGUGCUGGAAGGAUCUAUCUACACCGUUGGAGGAUUCAAUGGACUGACGACUGUGCCGCUGGUGGAGCGCUACGACAUUGCCACCCAGCACUGGUACACGGCUCCAGAGAUCGCCAUGAACUGCAGUGCGUCCGCGGCCUGCAUCGUUCACGACGUCGCCAACCCAGCCUUAUGGAUAUAGGCCUCCACCACGUUUCAAUCACGCCGCACGGAACACCUCGACUAACCCUGACGACCGGCGAGAGUGCCGUCGUCUUCCCUGUAACGCCAGCGCCCGAAGGAAGUAUCGCCCAAGAAAGUCUGCAGGAAAACAUGAAAGCGAGAAAAAAAUAAAAAGUACAUCGUCAUCAAUAAAAAA